CAACCCCCAUCGGUGCUUGCCGCUGGACCCUGCUCAAUCACCGUCCUCUUCUCCACUGGUCUCACGGACCGUCAACGGCGUCAGUCCUUCCUUAUUCCAGCUCUCUGUGCUGCCGACGUCCAUGCUGUCCCACGGCUAGACUGUCGAGCCAAGGGAGAGGUGAGGUGAGACCUUAGGAGUUGCUGAACGGACAGCCAACGGUCAGAAAGUGAGAGCCAAGGGCCAAUUAUUUUCUCCAGGAACCGUCUUAGAUGGAGGGGGAUGUUGCUGUCGUCUACUGUCCCAUUAUUUGAAAAGGUACGCUAUUUUAUACCUAAAUUCUCUUUGUCUUCUACCGAGCACAUGUCUCGAACUCUUGGCUGCCUUGUCCCUUUAAUGGACGACUAUAGUAUCACGCUUCUCAUUGUCUUCUAUGGAAUCUUUUCGACCAUGUGGCUUAUUGAGGCUCCUGAACCUAUUGAAUCAAGCCGCUUAUUACCGGGCAGCAAAUCUGCCCUCACUUGCCAUGACUUGCUAAUUUUGACUGCAGCCUCGAAGCCCACCGUUCUUAGAAGCUAUCCUCUCUUGAAAUUAUCUCAAAAGCAAGCCGUGGCAGGUCGACCCCCGCAAGAAAUAUUCAACUACAAGCUCCGUCAAUAUCUGGACCGCACUUCCAUAAAGCUGGUGAGAAAAUGAUGAGAAAGACAAUCUCCGCAGCCUUACUUGCUAACUCUAUAAGAAGUGCUAUAGGUUAACCGUGACCGUACCCUGCACUUCACUUGGUCCCGUUGCACUGCCGAGUGUACUCGGCUCAUACUCUUGUUGAUCAUCUGGCUUUCCAUUCCAAC